AACUGCUCCAUGGCGAGGCGCGCUACAUCGCCUAUCUGAAAACUAAGUUGCAAAAUUUAGCUCACUGCCUGACAGUUUGUUAUUGUUAAUACUUAUACAAAUUGACAAGCCUCUUUCAGCAUUGUACCUGCCCCUCCUUGAAAGAAAGUGGCGUCUUUCAACGGAAACGUCUGUGAUAUUCAGUCAGCUGCUGCAGUUGCUGUGACAUAAUGUACUCAAACAGGUCUGAGCACAGUCACAGCCGGCAGUUCAACGACAGAAGCUCGAGACAGCGGGACGGCUACGAUGACAGACGGGAAGAAUGGCGUGAAACUCACAGAGAUAUACCGUGGGAUUCCCAUCAUAAAUAUGGUGGUGAUGGACACAGUAGCACUGAAAGAACAAGAAGAAGUAGAGAGUACAGUGACUCACCUAAGAGGCUGUACAGUAGAGACUCACUGAACAGAGACAGGAGCAGAAAGAGCCCAGUGAGGAGACGUAUGUCAUCACCUGACUGGGCUGCUUUUGAAAAGAAAAGACGAAGGUUUACAGAAGGUGAUGAAGAUGAUUACAGAUACAGGCGUGUGCCUGAGGAUAUAUCAAGCAGGCAGUCACCAGACAGUUUUUCACGUGCAGGCGUAACCAAGGAUUUGAAACAUACAGUAUCACAGGAAGAAGAUUUCAGAUACAGGAAAACAACACAAGACUCCAGACACAGAUAUCGGCAUGAGGAGUUCACCUACAAGCAACAACGUGAUGAUUUAUCUUGUAGACGAUUGUCUGGAUAUCACAAAGAUAGAGGUGGUCAUGAAACGAGUUGGGACCGUUCACAAGAGAGGACACGAUCGCAAGAUCACUCUACGAAGAGUUAUGCCAAGCCCAGAGAGAGGAAUGACAGCCCUUCCAUUGAUCAUGAGGAUCGUUGUUUGAAUAGAACAAGGUUUCCAUUGAAUGCAUCUCGUGGACAGUCUUUUGAGAGUGAUGUCACCCACCAAAGUGCUGCUGUUCCUGAGCAGAGGAAGUCAACCCAGGGUUUCCAGCGUUUCCUCGAUGUACUCAACAAGGGUGUGAAUGUUGCCACGCUCACCAAGAUAGUGACUCAGACCUCUACAGAAGUGAACGAUCAACCACACUCCACAAGUUCUUUCCUGAACACUGGGGAUUACCAGUGGUCUCCCAGAAGUGGUGGGAGGCAACAUGAAAGCCAUCAAAACACCAGCCACUGGAGUGAGAGCAUGGGAUCCCAGAGACUGGCAUCCCCACAGCCUCGUCACAGAUCCUUCAGCCCAAAGGGGCGCUCUGUGUCCGAUGACAAGUCUCUGCAAAGGGGUGACGGAGAAAGGAGCUACUUCAGCUCCAACAGUAGAUCCGGGUCUCCCUUAGUGGUGGAAAAAAUUACACUGACACCUGAAGAGGAACACAAACACAGACAGAUGCAGGAUGUUUUGCAGGCUAUUGGCAUGAAUUUAGGAUUUGAGGAACUGGGUCAAAUGUCCCAUCGUAUCCAGGAGCGGUUGUAUGGAAAGAAGGAUAGCGAUGGGGGCCGUAAUCGUAGAGGAAGUAGGGAAAGGGACGCACGGCGAGCAUUUUCACCAAGACUGCAAAGUAGAUCAUCGUCAAGCAGGUCUAGUCGUAGCCCUUCAACUCAGGAAUAUUACACGAAAAAAGACUCAUGUAGUGCUCAGAAGGAUGUAAGAGGGCUACACCAAGCUGUUGAAUAUGAUCAGAAUAGCAGCAAUAGAUUUUUGCAGGAGAGUGAGAAAUGUGAAACUAGCUCCCAGGAAAGCACUACUGUAUUUUCUCAAAAUCCUACAUACACUGUGUCAGAGCCGUCUCUUACACCUGUGAUGCCGAUGUAUUCUCCAGUAAGCUGUUCACCGGUUUCAUUCCCAGCGCUACCUCCUAACUUGCCCCACGUUGGACCUGGGAUUUUCUUGCCUCGCCUGCCGCCCUUCCACCCUUACCCUCGUGUCCCACCUUUGAACAUCUUUCCAGCAGUGCUCGCGCAAACAAGACACCUACUCCCGCAACACAUUAGUAAUCGUCCCCCACUUUUUAACUUGCCAAUUCAGCCUCUGAACACCACACAAAAAUCCAAAACACUGUCAAGGCCCCGCUGUUUGCAGGUCAUUGAAACCAAACAACCUGGAUGAAGACAGUUGCACACAGUGAAAAUCUGUCUUAAAACCUGACUGAUAUGGUUAACUUUUGCUUCUGAAGAAUAAUAAAAGAUAUUCAUAAAAUAAAUUAACCGAAGUUAUAGGUGUUGAUGGAGGUUUGUCCAUUGCCCAGUCUUUGCUUAUACCUAUAGCACAAUUUCCUGCUCGAGAAAAACACUGACACAGUGUGCAGUAAGGGUUUAUUAAUUUCUGCAAAAUGUCUUAAUUUUGUUAUUCAGAAUUUGUUUAAGCACUGCGAUUUGAUCAACUCUGAUUUUUGCUGAUCUGGUAUUUGUCUAGAGAGGUCUUUUUGUAGGAUACAGGUUUUUAAGCCAAGUGAAAUAGCAUCACUGUCAAGUGUGUAGUCUUCAGAGGUUUUUGGCCGACCUGCAAUUACAAAACGUGCUCUACACUUCAGCGUCUCUGUCAGGUUCACAUGUUUUCUUUUUGUGUACACAUGUAAAUAUAUGAAUUGCAUAAUAUUAAACACAAUGA